GACUGUGUGUUGUUGUUUUCUUAUUGUCCUUUAUUGUCAGCACGAGAACAGAAUGUGCUACUUUUGUUCUUUGACAGGGAAAAAGUCCAUUAAUAUAUUCUUAAAGCUUAUGUUAACAUAAAAACAUGUCUUCAAAAUAUUUGUGAUGCAUUGUGCAUGCUUUUAGAACGAUUAUAUGUGUUGAAUUGGAUAGUUUUCCUUGUAUUGUAGUUUGUUUUUGCUUAAUCAGACAGUGCAUUAUAAAUAUAUUUAUGUUUAAAUCAUAACAGCAGUGUUUUCUAUUGAUAUAUUUUAUAUCAAUGUUUUUCUAUAGAAACCUGUUGUGUGACUAAAUGUGUUAUAGGGUUUUUAAAAUAUUUGAUAUGCUGACAAUACAUGCGACUUUAGUGUUCUUAUAUGUAAUAUGAGAAUGCAAUAAUUUAAACCAUGCUCUAAGAUGGUUUAGAUGUGUUGUAAAGAGUAAUUGUUCAAUAGCUGGCCCACUCCGGAGCUUUCUGGAGGGAGUGUUUCUGAACCUAAUCAGUCCCAGAUGUUUUUUGGCAGCUUUAAACAAUGACAAACAAACCAGAUACGCAUGCAUGUAACAGACGGUGUGUCCUGCUGAGUGCUGGAGUGGAGUUUGCAAAUUCUCAUCGCACCUCCUGGGCCUCAAAAGCAAUAAGAAAGUAACGUUAUUUGACUUCAACAUGUUCUAAGUGAAAUGAAACAUCUCAACAGGAUAAGGGAGACGUUGUGGGACGUUAUGUGCUUUAUUUGAUGGGUUUCCUGUCGAGAGCUAGAAGGCAAAUCAUUUCCUUGCUGAAUCACAAGUAUCAGGAAGGAAGUAGUAGAAAAAAAAUACAGACACAUGUGCCAUCAAUACCUAUGGGGACUUUCCAGCCCCCACAACCCACAGCAAAGUUCCUAAGUUAAUGGCAAAAAACACAGUUAGAUAGAUAGAGCAUCUCACAAGCAAGCUCACAAGGUUUUUUAAAUUACAGCAGAUCGUCUCAAGGGACAAACAUGGAUAUACUUUAGAGUAGUCAGUGUAGAGCUUGUAGAUUUGCCAUCCACUGAGAAUGAGGUAACAGAGAGCGUGUUCUGUGCUUGCUACAAUUACUCGUGACUUCGUAAGAGCCACCCCCGACGACUACUUAGAGACAAAUGAGGAUCCAGAACCUUUUCUUUUUGAACCUGAACAUACAGAGGAUGAGAUACAAGUUUUCGAAGCUGAGCAGGCAAGAAGAGAAGGUGAAAUGUCGGAGCAGGCGGGGACAGAAGCCAUGACUUGGUGGUGUAAAUGUGGAGCUUCCCAAGCCAUCCCGACAGGAAUCGAGUGUUUCUGCUUCACCGGGUGGCACACAGUGGUAUUAUCAAUGGAAAGGCUUUGUGUAUCAGGUGAGGAGGACACUGCUCCAAGAGACUGCAUCACAACCAACAAAGAAUUGUUAGCGCUAACAAACCCUGCAGUGGUCGAAACUUUUUUCCACCUACCCAAAACAAACUGGAAAAUAUGCCCCAGACUAGCUGGACAGGAAAGACAACUGUCCAUCGAAUAAGUCACCCGCAAGGAGGACCCCGCUCCAAGAGACUGCAUUGCAACGAACAAAGAAUUGUUAGCGCUAACAAACCCUGCAGUGGUCAAAACUUUUUUCCACCUACCCAAAACAAACUGGAAAAUACGCCUCAGACCAGCUGGACCAAAAAGACAAGUGUCCAUCAAAUAAGUUACCCGCAAGGAGGACCCCGCUCCAAGAGACUGCAUCGCAACGAACAAAGAAUUGUUAGCGCUAACAAACCCUGCAGUGGUCAAAACUUUUUUCCACCUACCCAAAACAAACUGGAAAAUACGCCCCAGACCAGCUGGACAGGAAAGACAACUAACUGUCCAUCGAAUAAGUCACCCGCAAGGAGGACCCCGCUCCAAGAGACUGCAUUGCAACGAACAAAGAAUUGUUAGCGCUAACAAACCCUGCAGUGGUCAAAACUUUUUUCCACCUUCCCAAAACAAACUGGAAAAUACGUCCCAGACCAGCUGGACCAGAAAGACAACUGCCUAUCAAAUAAGUCACCCGCAAGGAGGACACUGGUCCAAGAGACUGCAUCACAACGAACAAAGAAUUGUUAGCACUAACAAACCCUGCAGUGGUUGAAACUUUUUUCCACCUACCCAAAAUAAACUAGCCCCAGAGCAGCUGGACCGAAUGGACCGCUAUGCAAGCACUGACUACUCUAAAGUAUAUGCAAGUUUCAUUUCUAUAGUAUUAUACCUUGAGAAGAUAUAAUGUACCGUUUCAUUUAUUGCAAAUUGAUUGUCGUGACUUAAUAUACAUUUUUUUUCUCUUUUUCAUAUUGUUUUAGCGGAUGUUCCUGCAAACAAGCAUGAACUAUGGCUCUUCUGAGAAAAAGUGAGCAAGAAAUAGUUUUUUUUAGCAUUACGCACAGGUGUGGACUCGAGUCACAGUUCUGAUGUCUCUGGAACUGACGUGACCGUAUCAUCAAAGACUUGCAACUUGACCUGGACUUUGUCAUCAAUGACUCGGAACUUGCCUCUGACUUGAAAAUACUUGAGAUUUUCAGUGAACGUGUUGAGUAGAACGCGUCCCCAUUCAAAGUAUUCAGCUAACGUGAUUGUUAUGUCAUUUCCGUCAAGACAACAUAUUUUCCCAUUGAGUCGACCUCACUGAAUGCAUCUAUUAACGUCCAAUCAGGUUUAGGAACAAAACGAAGGUGUGGAUGACAUAAAUCCUUAAUGCUAUGUCAGCACUCUUUUUCUGUGACCAGGUCUUGUCACGCUGGUCUUAUUUUAUUUGAAAAAUAAAACAACCCUAACCCUAAAAUGCAUUCAAUGUAUUUGCCAAAUUGGAUAGGUUGUCACAUUGUUAUGUAAAACAAAGAAAAACAAAAUGAUACAUGUCUUGUCUGCAUCUGAAUUGGCAGAGGUCCAGGCUUUAUUUUAAGAUGUGUAGCGAAGCCUCCUCCUAUCUUUUUUUUUUUUCCAAACCUGUGAGCAUCUAACCUAGGGUGGGUCAGAGGCAGUGUCCCGCCCAUGACGACGGAGUUUUGACCUUCAUGAUGUCAUGAAAACCCUGAACUUCAAAACCGACCUUUUGAGGAUCUUCAAAGUUAAUCGGCUCCUCCUGGUGUUACUGGUGCUGAUGCUGUGUCUCCUCCUGCACGGCACGCUAUUCAGAGGCCCCAGUCAGCGCAGACCUUCGGGUCACUGGAAGAAUCUUGGUGGUGCAGCUCCGGAGCAAGUAGCGAGACAGCCAGAGGCGGAUGAUGUCAUCCCUAUUGUCAUCUGCGCAUCAGAGGAGCGCGUGGGUGCGACCAUGGCGACCAUCAACAGCGUUCGCAGCAACACGGACCACCCUGUGUUCUUUUACAUUGUCACUCUACGUGAUGCUGUUACAUUGACCAGACGUUACAUAGAGGAAACACAACUGAAAGGCAUCAAAUAUAAGAUUUUGGAGUUUAAUCCCAUGGUUCUGAAAGGGAAAGUGAAGCCCGACUCAUCCAGGCCGGAUUUGCUACAUCCACUUAACUUUGUGCGCUUUUACCUACCGCUGCUUCAGAUCAACCAUAAGAGGGUCAUAUACUUAGAUGAUGAUGUCAUCGUGCAGGGUGACAUUAGGCGUCUAUUCGGUGUCAAACUGAAGCCAGAACACGCUGCUGCUUUCGCCACAGACUGCGACCUGCCCUCCACUCACGAGAUGGUGCGCAGUGUUGGCAUGCAGACAACCUAUAUGGGCUUCCUGGACUACAGGAAGCAGGAAGUGAAAGACCUCGGCAUCAACCCAAAUGACUGCUCUUUCAACCCUGGUGUGUUUGUGGCUGAUUUAAGCAAGUGGAAAAAACAGAAGAUCACCAAACAACUGGAGAAAUGGAUGGAGGGCAAUUUUAGGCUGAACAUCUACAGCAGCGCUAUGGCAGGAGGUGUGGCCACUCCGCCCAUGCUGAUAGUUUUUCAUGGCAAAUACACAAUGCUGGACCCACUGUGGCACGUCAGGCACCUCGGUUGGAGUCCAGAUGUUCACUAUCCGGAGAGCUUCCUGCAGGAGGCACACCUUCUGCACUGGAAUGGCCCAUUCAAACCAUGGAGGUACCCUGCUGUGCACGUGGAUAGAUGGGAGAAAUGGUUCAUCCCAGAUCCUUCUGGGGAGUUUUCCUUGAUAAGACCAGAGACCGAUUAUUGAUUAGGCCUGUGGAGUGUACCAUAUUGGAGCAAUAGGGGUGGACAAUGUCGAAGUCAAAAGCGUACACUUUCAAAUAUGCGGCUUGUACUCGCAGGAAAUUGGCUUGUGGUAGUUUUUGUUCAUUAUCUUUGCUUAAUAAAUGUGUAUUGUGUGAUUAUGUCCUACAUAAUUCAUGUAUAUGGUCCCAAUGUAAUUUUGUAUGUAUUUUAAAAAUAUUUGUAUGUUGUACCACAGUUUGAAAGUCGAUGUUGUCGCAUGUUGCUGCAAAAGUGACUUGUCACCAAUGAUUUCAUGUGUGCACAAAAUGGAUAGUAAAAUGUUAUUUAACAUAAUGUACUAUAGUAAUAUGACCAUUACCUCUGUGAGAUCCACUUAAAUAACAAGUAAAAAUAUUUUUAUUGAUGAGAAAGCUAAUCUAAAAAAUUCUGACAAUAUACACAUGUUACAGUAUAAAAUAUUAUUUUUAUUUUGGGUUUAGUAAUUUUUUUGUACAUUUAAGCAAUUUUUUUUUUUUAAUCUAAUGUUGCUUUCAUGCUGUUGGAUUUUUCACGAUAAAUGUAAAUUGCAAUCUCAUUCUUAUUUUACGACGGAC